CCGGGGCUACAAAGUGGGGUAUUUAUAUAUACUAUAGAAGCAUUUCUGAAAUGACACACACUCUACAUGAAGGACCCUACACCCCCUAUCCACCUAGCUUCAGCUUUAAGCUAAUGAAGAUACAUAACAAUAUCAAAAUGCACAUGACAAACCAGAAGGAGCAUCCUGACCGGGGAGAAACAUGUGAGACAGAAGAUAAACAUAAUAUCUGACUGCAGCAAGAUCACUUCUUACUCGUAAACACCCAGCAAAUUUGCUCAAAAAGAAACUUAAGAAAACUUAUAAAAUUCAUGUCUUGGAAAAUGCCGACUGAGCAGGAUCCCCACCCGGACUGUUUAAUAUAGUGAGACACAAACUGUGGGACUCAAGGAAACGGCUCUGUGUCAUAAAAUAAUUCCAUAUUGUGAAGCCUAAUAGGGCGGCAACGCGGGACCCCCAGUCUGAAGGAGAUGCUGAGAGUCGUAUUAUUUCCCCCCGGAAUCACCUGCUUUCUACUCAUCUGUCUCUCCCUCCUGGGAACAGUACCAAUUAAAGUGAAAGUGAGCGACUCGCCAGUGAAAGUACUGAGGGACCAGGAUGUGUUUAUCCCAUGUACAAUCACUGGAUACAGCAGCGCAGAACUAGAUCUAGGGCGUCUCUCUGUCCAUUGGACCCUGGGAUCCGACCCAGUUUAUAUCUAUGAAAGACGAUCCCACAUUCCUAUCAGGACUGGAUCCAAACUACCAGACAAUUCCCUGAUUAGAGGCAACGCUGGACUCUACAUACCACAGGCCCAAAUCAGGGAUGGGGGGGAAUAUACCUGCACUGUUACUUUUGAUACAGAGAUGUCAGAGGGACACUCUACAGUAGAAGUAUCAAUUAAACCCAGUGCCAGCCUGGUGCCCCCUGACGUUAUUAUAGAGGAAGGAACAGAGAGGGGGGUUACAUGCCGAGCCAGUAAUUAUUACCCAGAAACAAUAAAGUUCCAGUGGAUAAAACACCUCAGUGUCACUCAAUAUGAUGCCCUGUGCCAAGGAGUCUCCACCAAUGAGCCGCUAGAGAAUGGGGACGGAACCUUCAGUGCAACCAGUCAGCUGCUGUUAAAGCCUUUUAUAGAGGAUGAUGGGGGAAAGUAUUCCUGUGUCAUAUCCCACAGAUCCCUGGGAGAUUCUCUGGUUCUGGAUUUCACUCUCUCUGUAAAGGGUAAGUAA